AUGUCGUCGUCAACCCCACCGCUACAACCUACCUAUCAUGGCUUCAUUAAUACCACCCUUGAUGCAAGUAUUAUCUUCGAAAACACCUUUACAGGUCGUUGCAAUCAUGUCCCCCGACGGCCACAUGACCGCGAACGUCAAGAUCUAAUCAAAAGCGGUAACGUCUUCAUCUAUGAAGAGCACGCGUCUGGUAUCAAGCGCUGGACAGAUAGUCUCUCCUGGAGUCCCAGUCGCAUUCUUGGUAACUUUCUAAUUUACCGAGAGCUGGAGAGGCCUUUCCCACCUGGCGAGAAAAAGCGUGCCCUGAAGAAGGGUAAAAAGCCUUCGUCAACGGGUAUCAACAAGCCACAAGAUCAACACCCACGAACAAGUACCUCACUGCCUACUGGUAUGGAGGUAAGGCGGAACAACACCCCAAUUGACGAGAUUGAACGUUCUUUAGUCGGCUCGCUUGUCGACUCCUACGACUUCAAGCCGGGUGGUCUUAUCAAGAAAACCAUCAGCAUCACCUAUCAAGGAGUGCCUCACCACCUUGUAAGCUAUUACAGCGUGGAAGAUGUCAGGUCCGGACGUCUUCUGGCACCCUCCAUGCACCCAGUGCUCAAAGGAACAAUUCCUCGCACAGAGCUCCUCACACAGCAGAACUUCCGUUCACCGGUCGAAAACUCGGAUCAGUUCUAUUCUCUCCAUGGCAACGUCAAUGGCCAUUUUCACAGCCAGGGUCCCAUGCACGGCCAUGACCAGCGCAUGAGUUUAUACCAACAACACUUGAACCCUUCCCCGGACUACGCUAUUGGAACAUACAACAAUCUACCACCACCAAGCCGUAGCCUAUCAAUGGCUAACCCGGCCGGCCACUAUCCUAUAGUCCAACCACCAUACGUGCCUGCCAAUUUCUCGCCGUAUUCUCAACCACCACCACCCCAGCCAACUCAAACGAGCCAUAUGCAAAACUGGGGGGUGGAAUACGAGGUUGAGGACCCAAACCGGAGCGCAAACAACUACUACUACGAAACUGAGAUGCAGUAA